GUCGGAACCCCAUGCGUUCGAGGACUCGACAGCACAUCGCCUGAAUUCCUAGCCUUCAUGAAGGAGGUUGACACAAAGAUGGUCCCCAUCAAAAAGCCUUAUUUCCCAAACCAGCGGUGCCUUGAUAUGAUGAGGCAGCUCGCGGCGACGCAAGGAAUCUUAAAAGGACGAAUUGACAUACACACAGGUGCAUUCUUCCAAAAGGGAGGCUUCGACAAGAGUUCCUCUUCUGACCUUAUACGAAAGUUGCGUCUGGCACCAAUGUCUUUCUUGGCAACGCAGGAUCUCAAAAAAGUCAAGCUCCAUUUUUGGUCGAACCUCAGCCCGGACAGCUCCGAGGUGCAGGAAAUCUUCGGUCCGCUCCUUCAAAACCCAGCUUAUGCAAGCAGCAUUGAACUCAGCCAGUUCAUUCCGGAUCAGGAGUGUUCACGAGUUUUGCCAUCAUCGCCAGGGGUGGGUUCCACCCUCUGCAAGAUUUACAAAGCACAGACAGAUCCUACCUCCACUUCAGACCUCAUGCGGGUGACGGUGCUCCACAACUAUGGCGGCGCCUGGAUCGACAGUGAUGUUCUACUUAUUCAAGAUAUGGCGCCGAUUCUCGAGGAG